AUAAAAUUAAAGCUUGUAAAUCUUUAAAGUUAGAUUUUACUCUAGAUGGGCAUUUAGAUAUAUUGAUACUUUUCGCGUGAUCUUGAUUUCAAUAUUUUAUUAAUUAAAUACAAUCGGUGUCAACAUGAUGGCAAGGAAUAGCGGACUAACUAUUUCUUCAAUGAGCCUAAAAAUUGGUACUCUGUUACUAUUUGCUGGAUUUAUAAUUCACGUUGUUGGAUUUUCGAUUGCGAAAUGGGCGUCUCUGAAUAUGUCCCAUUCUAGUAACUGGCUCAGCUUGCAAACGUCUUACCAUGUUGGAUUAUGGGAACAUUGUGCCUGUGUAAAGAUAAUCGGGAAACAAUGCAAAUGUUUAAGGAGAGACGGAGAUCAAGCAUGGUUUAAAGCAGUACAAGUCAUGGAGACUUUGGGUCUAAUUGGAUUGGUUUUUACUGGAAUCAUCUGUUUGAUUCUUGUAUGUUGGAGACAAACAAAGGCAUUGAAGAAAUUGAAUAUUUUCUCGAUUUUAUGUUCAAGUGUUUUCAUUAUCAUCGGAUUAAUUAUAUUCGGAGUUGAAAACGCAAAUAACUUUAAUGCCCUGGUUGAAAUUAUCGGCGCAAAAGACACAGACGGAAAACCUGGCACAUCCUUCUUCUUAUGCACUGUUGCCGCAGGAGUAUCCUUACUUGCAUGCUUGCCUCUAUUCUUGAUUGACCUGAAAACUCAAAUACCAGAGUCUACAGACCCGGGACACCAAAUGUAUCAGUGGACUGUGCAAUACUCGAGUCAAGGUCAUGUCAUGAGUGUGUCACCUCAUCAGGUACAUGUUAUACCGGAUGUAUCAGGUCAGCAACCACAGACAAGUUCUGUGCCAGCAUACGGACCUUACAGUGUGCCUCCACCGUACACACCACAAGCGUCCUGGGGAUAUAACACGGCUAGUCCUCCGCCACAGCCAGAUGGUAUACCUUACAAAGAAUAAGAAAGAUACGGGAACAUGAUAACGUUUUAGAGAGACCUGACGUGAAAAUGAACAUUGUGAAAUUCAUACAAUAACUUAUGCAAUUCUUUCACUAAUAUUUACCUUUUUUGCAUAGGUUUAACAUUGUACGGUGUCAGUCUAAACACAUUUGCAGUAUAUUUUUUAGAGUAUAUCAGUCAUAUUUAAUGAAAUUGCACAAUUAAAAAGGUCCCGCCUGCUGGCGCGUAGUAGAUAUUUUAUCGUUUUGCCCAGGGAAAUCUACUGUGUUGAGUGAUAUAACCCUUACAUUAUUUCAGUAUAUGAAUAACAUUGUUUUUUAUCUUCAACAAAUACCACUUGUUUGGUGGACAGCAGUGCACUUUAAUGUACAUUUGUAAUUGUAAAUAUGUUAAAAAUGUGCUAGAGUUUAAGUAAAACUUCAUGAUUAUUUUCUGGCUCGAAAUGACGAAUGAACUCACGAAAAUAUUAGUAUAAAGAUCUACACGAAAUUUUGUGAAGUGCAUUAUACUUAGCCCAAUAACCUCGACAUUCCUGCAUCAUAUUUGAAUCUAAACACAAUUCCAUCGAUCUCAGCACAGUAACUCCAAUAUUAUGUACGUAUUAUGCUAUUUGUGUGUUAUUUGGAAGGACACAUCCAACACACAUAUAAGUUAUAAACUAACGGUGAAUAGUGUAAUUAUCAAGCUAGGGU